AUGGCACCUGGACUUGGUUUUUUCAAAAGCUCCGACUCUAGCGAAGCUCCAGUCGUCCAAAUCUCCCCAGAUGCAGAGCCUGAAGAUAUCGGUGCCUCCAAAUCUAUUCCCCCACAAGUGACGCCUAAGUCUGGUGUCUACUACAACCCCCGCCUUGACCCGAACAACUUCCUGGAGGGUGAACUCUCUCUUGACGCUGCUACCCGUCUUCGUCAAAUGCUUGCCAGGCCAGGUAUCGUUAUUGCCCCUGGUAUCUGCGAUGGUAUCAGUGCCCGUUGCGCGCUCGAGGCUGGUUUCGAUUGUUUGUACCAAAGUGGCGCAGCAACAACCGCUUCGCGUUUGGGCAUGCCAGACCUUGCCAUUGCUACACUGAACGACUUCGUCCAAAGUGCGCAGAUGGUGUGCGGCUUGAGCCCAACCACUCCUGUCAUUGCUGAUGCUGAUACUGGAUUCGGCGGUACUGCCAUGGUUGCUCGCACAGUCUAUCAAUACAUCCGUGCUGGUGUUGCUGCCAUGCAUAUCGAGGACCAAGUGCAAACUAAACGUUGCGGUCACUUGACUGGCAAGCAGGUUGUCUCCAGAGAGGAAUUUGUCACCCGUAUUCGAGCUGCUGUCAUUGCUCGUGACUCUUUCCCCGGAGGUUCUAACUUCGUCAUUAUUGGACGUACUGACUCCGCUCAGGUCCUUGGCAUGGAAGAAGCUGUAUUUCGGUUGAAGCUGGCGGCAGAUGCCGGUGCCGAUGUCUGCUUCAUCGAAGGCGUCAAAACCGCUCAGCUUCUAACCUCUACAGUCGAAGCCUUGAAACCUAAACCCGUUCUUGUAAAUGUUAUUUCUGGUGGCCUAACACCCUCCUUUACUACCAAAGAGGCCGAGGCGCUCGGCGCCAAGAUGAUAAUUUUCUCACUCGUUUCCUGUGUCGCUGCCGUGCACGGCAUUCGUGCCGCUAUGAAAUCCCUGAAGAAGACUGGCACUGACUUUUCAUCGGCCAAGGGCAUGGAUCCCAAGGCCUUCUUUGAAGUCAUGGGUCUUCAAGAAGUUGUCGACUUAGAUGCAAGGGCAGGAGGUAGUGCGUUUGACGUCAUUUAG